CGUGAAUAUCUACCUAGGUACCUCAGCCUCGUAACCACAUCGCAAUCCACAAGAAUUCCACCUAACGCCCAAGAUGUCUCUCUCCAACUACCUCGCCUCCAAAUACCUCACCGCCGAACCCUCCUCCUCGACCAAAAAGCGCAAGCGUAAGAACGCCUCUUCCUCCGCAGGCCUCAUAAUAGCAGACGACGACGCUCUAGGCUGGUCCAACCAACCCACAACCAACGAAGACGACGAUGGCCGUCCCAUAACCGUGACAUCAGGAAGCGCCGAAUUCCGAAAAGCAAAAAAGACUGCUUGGAAAACAGUCGGUAUCCCGGCUCUCCAACCAAAAGACGCGGAACAAGAUGCUGCUGAUAGGAUUAUCAGUGAAGCAGCGGCGGAGAAAAGUGCUAUGGAUGUGGAUGAGGAACCUGUGGUAGAAGAUGGGGUGGUGAAGAUGGGAGAUGGGACACAUGCCGGGUUACAGAGUGCCAGUGAUGUCGCGAGGCAGUUUGAGAAGAGGAAGAGAGAGGAAGCUGCUGCUUGGGAGAGGGAACAGGGUGCGAAAGCUGGGAAGGGUAAGGGUGAGGAGACUGUGUAUCGAGAUGCGACUGGCAGGAGGAUUGAUAUCAGUAUGAGGCGUCAGGAGGCGAGGAGGGAAGCAGAUGAGAAAGCUAGGAAGGAGAGGGAGGAGUUAGAGAUGCAGAAAGGAGAUGUGCAGAGGGCGGAGAAGGAGCGGAGGAAAGAAGAAUUGGAUGAGGCCAGGUUUAUGCCGUUGGCACGAAAAGUGGAUGACGAGGAUAUGAAUAAGGAGAUGAAGGAAGUUGAGAGGUGGAAUGAUCCUGCGGCACAAUUUAUUGUCAAGAAGAGUAAAGGGAAGAGCGUCUCAGGGAAGCCACUCUACCAAGGAGCUGCAGCACCAAAUCGUUACGGGAUCAGGCCUGGACACAAAUGGGACGGAGUGGAUAGAGGAAAUGGGUGGGAGUCUGAAAGAUUCAAGGCCAUGAAUCGUAAGACGAGAAACAAAGAUCUAGAUUAUUCGUGGCAGAUGGACGAGUAGUCAUUGCAAUAAAG